GACUCUUCUUUUCGCCCUGGACGUCCAUCAGCAGGGCACGCUGACCCUCAGGAUUCGCAGCAUCUUGCCUCCGUCAGCCUCGACUCUCUCUAUGCGAGCUGAUGUGGGGUUGGACUUUCUGCAGCGGUUCGUGAUUGCAAACCUGUUCGUUUCGAUGCAGGACAAAAGUCGUGUCUUGGACGACUCGGAGAUUGAUGUGAGGCAAGGUGAUGCUUCGAGAAGCUUUGCUUGGGUGGACGAAAACCGCCAGGUUUCCUCAUUAUCUGACUUGCUUGCGCGGCUCUUGCCUCGGUGUGCGGGCGCAG